UGCGUCUGGAGACGACCUUCGACAACCACCCUCGACGUCGACACACCCAAUAACCGCGGAAAUCGAGCACGUUGAAGCAUCGGGAAUGCCUCUGGAGACGAUAUGGACUUCUGGUCGCGACUGAUUGCGAAUACCCCCCUAGCCGAGAGCUCGCGGAGAGAAUCCGCAAAGGACCCCGUCAGGCGCCUGCGCCGCUUCGAGAAGGAAUAUAGCCGUCUUCUGCAAACAUGGCGUCACUCCUCAAACCUCGCCAACGACUAUGAGGCUGCCGAGGAGGUCGAGGUCCGCCUGCAGGACCUCACCGACAUCCUGAGCGACGAGACACGACGGCCCCUCCCUCACCCCUGCAUCGCCUUCUCUGCCAACAAGCAGCUCUACAUCCCAAUCGCAAAGAUAGCCACCACCUCGUACAACGAAUGGAUCAUCAAGGAGGCAGUGCUGUUCUUUGCAACCCUGGUCGAGAGCGAGGAGGAGGCCUUUGUCGAGAGCGACGCAUUCGCUGCCAGUCUGACGAACCUGCUUGUUAAGAUCACAGGCGCCAACAGCAUCCGCCUGGGCUCCGACACCGAGGCCCGAGUCGUCGAGCUGGCCUUCAACAUCACCACCAAGAUCCGCUUGGAGCCCAACAUAUUGUCAUCAUGGUUCAAACUUCACCGCGACAGGCAGCAGGACGACAGGAGCCAGGACACCCGAGAUAAAUUCGAAGGAAAGGCUCAGAAACAGGACUUUCCCCUGUUUUACCUGCUGGUCGAUUAUAUCCACCAUGAGGGCAAGGUUGGCGACUUUGCGAGGACCGGCCUGCUCUACAUCAUCGAGGCUGCCUCCAACUCGGUCGAGCUCGAGCAAUGGAUCGUCGAGAGUGACCUGUCAACUCUCAUGGCCACCGGGCUGGGGGCGCUUUACAGCCAACUGAGUGGAAAGCUGGUCAUAGACUACCCAUCUCACGACCUGCCCCCUAUUCUCGCACUAUCCGACUACCAGCCCCCUGUUGCUACCCAGGAGGUCAUGCCGUCCACAGACCCGGGCUUCCAAGCAAACCUGGAGACAUUCCUAUCACAUCUGGUAUUCUGGCAGGACGUACUGAACCACUGCAAAUCUAUCGACGUCAAGUCGACACUGUUGGAACACUUCCAGAUCAUCUUUCUACAACAGUUGCUAUACCCGUCACUUCUUGAAUCAUCUGACCUCGACGGAGGCUCCUCAGUUGCGGUUUUGACCUAUUUGCGCCAGAUACUCGAGGCACUGGAUCACCCUGACAUGAUCAACCUCAUCCUCCACUACCUUCUUGGUUUGCCGGAUAUUGACCCGGCCUCGCCAGAAGACACUUCAAAUUCCGUCAGUAAGGCUAGGAAAAGAAAGUCGAUGGAUUUGGCGAGCAUGAUGGCCGCCAAAGCUGAUGACACCCUUGACCCUCUUUUGUACACCCUCGUCGACCUAAUCCUCGCCUGUAUGCGAUCACCUAGUCACCAGACCAUACAUGUCACACUUCAACUCGUAUCGGCAAUCCUCAAGAGGCACCACCGGUACGCUGUGGUGACGCUGAUACGAACUGAGAAUCUAUAUGGAGAUGUGCCACACCGCACUGUGGGGGCCCAGCAGCAAGAGCUCGAGUUCCUCAUGUCCCUGGCCGGCACGAUUGGAGGCCAGGACAACUUUGACGAGGUUUAUGAGAAUAUUCUGAAGGAUACCACAUCGCGACUAGAGAGCCACCCUUGUUCUUUGAAGCUCACUGUGCCCAAGAUUAACGUCAACAACCACAAGUUCCCAACCGUCGCAGACUCGCUACCAGGUGCUCCUCGGGAUGUUCGGUCACACACUAUACGAUCUGACGACCCAUUGUUGACCAGUCUCCUUGAUCACCUGGAGCUGUUCUUCCUCAACCCGGUCGAGACAAAUCUAGGUAUCACGGAAACACUAUUUGAUCUCGCAAUCUGCGGCUUCAUGAAUCUCGAAGGCUGGCUUGUGCGACACCCAGACAGCUACAUUUACGACUCGGAUGAUGCAUAUCACCCCUUGUCACCGAAAGAAGAAUCCGACGAGGGUCUGGAUCCUGACCUUGAAAAGCUGCUUGAUGAGGAUCCUGAAGCACUCGAUAAAAUCAACAAGUGCCGUCGCAGGCCAAUAUGGUCCCCAUCCGAUCUACCACGACUGCUGAAGAUACUGCAGUUGCUCUCCGAAGAGGUUGCCACAUACCGCGAGACAAUUCCUCGCUUCCAUGAUCUCCUCCAGCAACGACGAGAAUCUUUCCAGAUCGCUGAUUCUGCGUCUACUCCCAUGCCCAGGCGAGUUCAACCACCGUCCAGCACACCAGGUUCAGGCACACCGGCCUGGGCCCCGUCGAGUAUGAACACCUCAAGGAGCGGCUCCCCCCAACGGGUGGGUGGUUUCGAAGGCUUCGCGCGGCGUAUAUUGAAGGAUCUUGAUGACCUUGGAACACCCAGCCGUUCCACCAGCCCACGCGGCCCGCAUCUUGCCGUACCAGGCGGGCCGCCCCUGGCAGCUGGGUUUGGGAUAGGCACCCCUUCUUCCGUCAGCAAAGGCCCACCUGUCCCCCCCAAGGACUCUUACAAGUUCGAGACGCCGAUCAAAGGCGGAGGCGGGCUCCAUCGUCCGUACUCCCCAGUCGGGAGUGACCAGGAUCCUGUCAAGGCGAGCCAGGCCGCUGCUUUCCAGGCCGUGGACCAGCAGAUUCUUGCGAGGAAGGUCGGCCUCCCUGACAAGUCGAAGGUGAACAGUUCGCCGCUCAAGCUAGGCGGUAAGAUCGAGGACGAGACACCCCCGACGCCACCAGCCAAGGAUGACGCACCAAGUGCUGCUGUGGAUGCACAGAAUGAGAGCGCGCUGGUGGCAGAUGGCGACAAGAACGAGACGCACACGCCCCCCGAGGAGAAGAAGGUGUCUGUUUCUCAUGUUCUCACCAACAUUAUCAUCCUGCAGUCCUUCCUGUUCGAGCUGGCGGCGCUGGUGCAGGUGAGAGCCGGCAUUUUCGAUGAUGAGGUGAAGUUCAUAUAGAAGGAGAGGGCCUGGGGGAUGGUCUGCGGCCAACCCAUCUUCCCAGCAUUUUCGUUGUUUUUCCAUAUGAUCAUAUAGAGGACGUGCUAUCUUACGAGCUAUCCAUUUCUGAAAAUACCCUCGCUUCAUUUCCUGUUCGCCUAAUCAUACACUGCAUUGCUUGAUUUUAUCUAGACAAACAGGUGCUGCGCCCCAAGUGCCUCUUCCCCCCCUGACCUCGACUCCCGGGCGACCAAUCCUUGAGAAA